UUUAUUUUUAUUAUGCAGUUGUGUACAAAAUUAGUAUACAUCUCACAAUAAUUAUGAAAAAACAUGAAAAAUGGCAUACAUUAUAUACGUCAAGGGUAAGAAAUUAAAGCAUUUAAUUAACCAAAUUAAAGUGACAGUGCUUCUUUUCAGCUUUUCUGUGGCGCACCAAACGUAGCGGACGUCGCCCCGAGACGCGUGACGUGCGCGCUCCCGAGCGGAGGGAAGAUGGCGGAUGUUUGGAGUGAGGCGCUUGAUGAGAGCAGCUGAUAAAGAGAAACACAAAUAACAGCAGAAAAGCAGAAGAAGCGCGGACGAGAGACGGACAGAGACACCGGCAGACAGAUCCGCAGACGGCGUCAUGUCCGGCUGCGCAGACGGCGAGGACAGCUGCGCGGUUGCCAUGGAGACGGAGGAGGUGCAGCCGGGCGAGCGCAGCAUGGGCGAGCUCCCCGAGGAGGUGCUGGAGUUCAUCCUGUCCUUCCUGUCGCCCUACCAGGAGCACAAGACGGCCGCGCUGGUCUGCAAGCAGUGGUACCGCCUCAUCAAAGGUCAGCGGGGGUCACGCCUCUCCCAGCCCGAGCGCUUCUUCGACGAGAUACACACCUACUCGCCCUCCAAGAACUGGUGGAACUGCAUCGUGACGACUCAGGGGCCGCCACCGAUGGCGGGACACUCGUCCUCCGUGAUGGGCAGCACUAUGGUGGUGUUCGGAGGCUCUCUGGGCGCGCGGCAGAUGAGUAACGAGGUCUGGGUUCUGGAUCUGGAGCACUGGUCCUGGUCCAAACCGGCCGUCAGCGGCCCAUGUCCUCACCCUCGCGGGGGACAGUCUCAGAUCGUGAUCGACAGCGACACACUGCUGAUUCUGGGCGGCUGCGGCGGACCAAACGCUCUGCUGAAGGAUGCGUGGCUGCUGCACAUGAGCGCCUCCCCCUGGACGUGGCAGCAGCUGCGUGUGGAGAACGAGGAUCACGGCGCACCGGAGCUCUGGUGCCAUCCGGCCUGCAAGGUGGGUCAGUGUGUGGUGGUUUUCUCUCAGGCACCGUCGGGGCGAGCUCCUCUCAGCCCGAGUAUGAACUCUCGCCCCUCCCCCAUCAGCUCAACGCCCGCCCCUCUGGGGCCGGAGUAUUUGAAUCCUGGACGUCAGAAGCGCUUCCGCACAAUUCUGCAGUGUGGACAUAUUCAGACUGAGCGAAACACCAACUGA